AACAUUUCACUUCGUCAGCCUCUCUUCGUUUAUUUCUCUCUCACCUCUCACUAGGAAACCUAGAGACCUGUUCAAUACCGCUCUCCUCCGGUGGCCGCCGUGUCCUUUCGAGGCGGUCGCCGGUGGUCCCCCACUGUAUUUCUUUCUUCCUCUCCGCUUCCUUGUUCAUCUUUCACUACGAGGGAAGUGGCUAAAGAUAGAGUUUUGUAUGUGAAUGCUAUAUUAAUACAACAUUCAGUUUAAGAUAGCGUUUCAAAAUACCAAUGCUUUCUUUGUAUUUUCAAAUUCUAAAAACUUUGAUUUAAAUAGCAUAAAUAUCACUGAAACGCUGUGUUUCAUUUAGGCGGAAAAAAAAAAUUAUUUCCCAGCUAAGGACUUGACUAAAAUUAUUUUACUCUCCCUCGUAAACUUUUCAGAUUUACUCUUAGAUUUUUUUCUCUCUUAUUUUAGAUCUAUUAUCUUCAUGAGUCUCUUCUCUCUACAUCGUUCUAUUCCUCUUCCUUUCAAUACGAAAUCCGAAUCUCAAUAUCACCAUCUCUCCUUCUCCAUCACCUUUCUCUACUCAUCGUCACUUUGUUCUUCCGGAAUCUGUACUCCUCCUGAGAACGCUUCUCUCUCUCCUCUGCAGUCGAAUCUGAACCCAAUACUCGCCUCUCUCUCAAUCUCCUCUCAUGUUUGCUCCUCAGGUUUCGGUGCUUCCUCUUCAAAGACCAGAUGAAAUCCACAUCCCAAACCCAUCUUGGAUGCAAUCUCCUUCCCCACGAGCAACAAAAUUCGUCUCCGUUCCCAAAUUUCUUCUCUCCAAUCCUCAAUUUUUUGAACUGAUCAUAGAAAUUCUUCUCUAUUUUUUUUUUUAUUGCAGCAUGAAAAUUCAUCUCAGCGAUAAGAUGAAAGUUGCUUUUGGAGGUGUGGAUCCUGUGAGUCAGCCACCAUGUCAACCUGACCGUAGCAAUGAGCAGACAGGAACCUCAAAUGCUCUUGCACUCCCAGGUCCCAAAGGUUCUAAGAGUACCCAAAAGGGUGUGACAGAGAAUGCUCUUGUUAUUGGUCCAACUUUUCACCCAAAGGGUUUGUGGACAAGGCAGAUAAGCUUGAUGGAGGAGGAGGUAGCAAAAGCGGUGGGUCGUUAGCCUCAGGGACAUUAGGUUUAGAGUGGAGAAGGUCCAAGCUCCGGUGUGUGACUGGAAGACAGCGAGGUUGGAGUAAUUAACGUCCAAGCUCCAUCUGUUUCGGGCUUUGUUAUCUGAAGGGAGGACCUCCGUUAGACUUACAAGAAGUAACAUCCCAACAACAUGUCUGUUGCUGCUGUUGGAAAAGCUGGUGCAGAGAAGUUGAAAUCCUUGUCUGAUUCUGAGAAGGCUCUUGAAGGCUGAUAAGCGCAAGGUUGAGUAUGAGAAGAUAAGAAAUUCUGAUUUUUCCGAGUCAUUCACAGGGAGAGGAGAAAAAAAAGAAAAACGUCAGUGUUGCGUAAGAUUGACGGUGGUAGAGGCACUAUAAUGUGUAGGUUUAGGUUUCUGGUUUAGUUUUGGUUUAAGUUAUUUUGUAAACAAUUUCAAUAUAUAAUUUUUUUAAUAUAUUAUAUCUGUAUUUUUAUA